UCAUCUGUCUGGAGGUUUCUGAUUUAAUCAGCACCAAGGUAAUAUAUCUUUUUCCAUAUACUGUUUCAGUUCAGUCUGUGUGGACUUUGUGUCUUUGAUUUAAUUGUAAAACAACUUGUAUAUUCCCCAAUGAUAAAGUUCUGUCUCACCAGUAUGGUUUGGUCAGCUAGUUAAGUUUGCUUUAACUUUUCUAAGGACUGCUACUAGACAUGCAAUCUGGUGUGCGAGCCUUUGUGCCCACCGUGGCUGUGCUGGGCCUGUUUUGCCGAGGUUGUCUCAGCAAGACGCGGAAGCAGAGUUUGCCUGUUCGCACCUUCAGCUGUUUGCCCAGGCAGAUGAGCAGGUGGAACAGCCGGGAGACUUGCAACCCAACGCCUCCUCAGGACAACCCCCGUGUCCUCAUCACAGGUGGUCUGGGGCAGUUGGGUGUGGGGCUUGCACAGAUGUUGAGGAAACACUUUGGAACAGAGAAUGUAAUCCUGUCAGACAUUAAGAAGCCUCCACCUCAUGUUUUCAGCAGUGGUCCAUUUGUAUACGCUGAUGUGCUGGACUAUAAACACCUCAGAGAACUGAUUGUAAAUAAUCGCAUUACUUGGCUUGUCCACUACAGUGCUCUGCUUAGUGCUGUUGGCGAGGCUAAUGUUGCUUUGGCACGCAAAAUCAACAUCACAGGUCUUCAUAAUGUGCUGGACUUGGCCCUGGAGAACUGCCUGCGCCUCUUUGUCCCAAGCACCAUUGGAGCAUUUGGUCCUUCUUCUCCUCGUGACCCAGCACCUGACCUCUGUGUCCAGAGACCUCGAACCAUCUACGGGGUGUCCAAAGUUCACGGAGAACUGAUGGGAGAGUAUCUCCAUCACAAAUAUGGCCUGGACUUCCGCUGCCUACGUUACCCAGGUGUGAUAUCGGUCAACACUCCUCCUGGGGGAGGAACAACAGACUAUGCAGUUCAAAUCUUCCAUGAUGCUCUCAGCACAGGUCACCAUGAGUGCUACCUGCGUCCGGACACCCGUCUUCCCAUGAUGCAUAUCUCUGACUGCCACCGUGCCACGGUCGAGUUCAUGCAGGCUCCAGAGUGCCAGCUGUCCCUGCGUACCUACAACAUCGCAGCCAUGAGCUUCACUCCAGAAGAGGUGGCCUCAGAAAUCCGCAAGCACCUUCCUCACCUCAAAGUCACCUACAAUCCUGACUCUGUCCGCCAGACCAUCGCAGACAGCUGGCCAGUGAGGUUUGAUGACACCAAUGCCAGGAGAGAUUGGGGCUGGGCACCAGCCUUCGGGCUUGAGGAGCUGGUGUCAGACAUGCUACGCUCCAUUCGAAACAAGAGGGCCAGCGAGGGCUUGCCAGUCAGCUAGCGAAACCUGCUCAUCAAAGACUGACCUAAUGCCCUAUUCCUAACUUUUCUUCAGCCUGCAUUUACACACAAUGCACUUCGUUUCACUCUCUUACAACCUGUUGACCAGUAUCCUAUGUUCCACUGGAGCAUUAGAGCAAUGAGCCAGGGACUGUUUGUAAAGUAUUCUCAGUCACAACCUCACUCACUAUACACUGGAGAGUCAUACAUGUUCACACAAAGACACACAUUUCAGUCUUUUUCAGGGAAUCAUAUACUGUCAAACCUUCUCUUCAUUUUUGUUGUUUUAACUGUUAUCAUGGUAUAAACAUCACUUUAAACAUGGGUAUGUUCCUCCAGAUGGAACAGCAAAUUACUUAUUUCUUAAGCUUUAAAACUGUCAAGUUAAUUACAUCCAUGUACACAACAGUCUGCUACAAUAUCUAUCACACUAUGGAACUAUGGACCAGUUGCACAUUAGCGUAGCAAACCUGUGGUACACUAUGACUCCAGAAUCAUCUGGAACAGCUGGCUUAGAUUUUUCUGAACUAUAAUGACUAAUAGUGUAUUCUGACUGUUUUAUGGAGCAGACUUUUAUAAGAUAGUCUAUGAAAUGAAAAUCAUAUACUGAAUACCCUGCUAGCCAAAAUGUACGUAUAAAAAUCCACUACCUUUGUGUAGAUCUAAUCUAAUCUGAUCUAAAUUUGUGGCAUUUAACGAAAAAGCCUUUUCUCCCUUUUUUGCCAGCAGUGGGAUUUUGGUAAUGAUUGAGUACCAAUAACAAAAAUUGCCUUAUUUACCCUAAAUUACUUUGAAAAACAAUGUAUUAAAAAUGCAGUGUACUUUGAAUCAGACCUUGAAUAAUAAAAAAAAAAAAGUUAUUUAACCAGUAGUAGUGAUUAUUGUAUGUUGCUAAACUUCUGAUGAAUUAUGUGAUGUUUAGGAUGAUGUUGGUAACAAUAAUAUUGAUUAUGGUAUAAGGAAGUACAAU